AACUAUUUCUUCACUGCCUGAGUUUUGCCUGACCUGAAUUUGACACAUCAGGCCUGAGCUGUUUGCCUACCUACCACAAAGAGACCAAAACGGUAACUCUGAUGUGUGUCUGACGGCUUGCUGGCAAACCCGACAGUAGCAUAGCCGUCAUGUCGGUCGCAACAUUCUCCGCCGUGCGGCUCGACGUUAAAGCCGGGUUGCGGUACCGCUCCUCGCUCCCAGCCUCUUCCUUUACCCCAAAACCCGCAUCCAUACGUCCACGUGUUCCCGCAUCGGUCAGCCACGUCAGCAGCUGUCGGUCAAUGAGGAGGGUCGGAGUCGUUGCGAUGGCUUCGCCACGAGGACAGGGGUCGGGGUCGAGCCUGGAAGACGCGGCGCGGCAACUGGUGGACGAUUUUGUCCGUAGUGGCAUGGUGGUGGGGGUGGGGUCGGGCUUUGGCUCCUCCCUUGCUGUCACCCACCUCAUUAGCAAGAUUCAGAGCGGAUCAUUGAGAGAUAUCAUUGCUGUCCCCACCACGGCAGCAGCAGCAGCAGAGCUCGCUCAAGCAGGGGUCACGAUGUCAACUCUCGAGGCACAUCCCAAGCUCAAUUUCGCCUUCACAGAUGCAGAUGUGGUGCAGGAGGGCACUCUCUUCUCUGUCAUCGGCCGCCGCAUCCCAACCAAACGAGGCUCUGUUCUCAAAGAGAAGGCCGUGGCUCGGGCAGCUGAAACUUUCGCUGUGAUUGUGCCCGAGAAGCACUUUGAGGAGGGCCUGAUCGAUGGGGAGGUGCCUGUUGAAAUCGAGCAGGAGAACUGGCUGGACAUAGCCGAGGAGAUUGACGAUCUGUUCCUGGGCGAUGCAGAGGUGUGGCGGAGGCCCACCAGCGGCACAGCAGGGCCGUUGGGCGGGGAGUUCCCUUUGGUGACGGAGAACGGGCACUUUGUGCUGGACGUCAUCUUCACCACUCCCAUUGCCGACUUGAGGGAUGUUGCGCGCCAGAUUGAGUCGGUGCCAGGAGUCGCAGCACAUGGCAUCCUCCUCGACGAAGCAUAUGCUGCAUCCGUGGCAACAGCCGAUGGAGUGAAGAUCCGGACAUCAAUAUUUAAGGGUUCCUUUUCACCUUCCCCUUGAAGGACACAUUGAUAUUAGAGAGACAAUUAGUGUUAGCAUAGUAAUAUAUAUCUUAGCCGAAAUAUGUUAGCAGGUAAUCUCUACACUUCGUGAGCAUCUACGAGCUUGGAAAGCGUGAAGGAACUUCCGUUGUCAUACCACAUGAAGGAACACCAAUAUUUCUCUGGGGCCGUAUUCCAGACCUCGUGUACGACACCAGCAUGCUCAAAGAACAAUCUAU